CUCAAUUCCUCAUGAGUUCCAAACAAAGACCUCUCUUCAGCUAGGUGUGAGCUCCGGGCCUUGAUCGGCGAAGACUUGGGCUUCGUCUCUACGAGAAAUACAGCAGAUCUUAUCUUUUACAUCUGAUCUAACGUGACUAAAAACACACAGACGUGUCGUCGGCGCAGCUCGGGAACUUUCAAUCCUCCCAAGAGGGCCUCGGCUAUUCUGACCCGCAUCUGCGCGCGGACUUUGCCAAAGACAGCUUUCAAGCGUGCACCCUCAUAGGAUCUCGAAAGGCUCCUCGGCACAUCCUGGGUGGUAGCGUAGACCGAGCCAAAAUCCUAAAUUGCCGCUCGAAAUAUUACUUUCGAUCUGAUCCCAACGCAUCUGAUCAACAGACCACCGAUAUAAGCCGUGGGAAUGUCCUGUGCGCUCAAUGGCACCUUAGCUAGAGCAUUUCGCGCUCCCCUCAGUCGACAGCGAGUUGUGCCCAGUGUCUCGACCGUAGGUCCCCAGGUUUUGCUACACAGGUCACCCACGAUGGCUCAAGCACGAAAGUCGUCCAGCCUGCCAGCUGGGUACAAAGAGGACUGGUCAAAAGGGAGGAUGCUUCGUUUCGAAGAGUCGCUCCCUAGGCUGCCUGUACCGACUCUUGAAGAAACCGCCAAGCGCUACCUCAAAUCUCUCCACCCUCUCCUCACAAAGAGCGAAUUCGAAAACUCGACGAAGGUUGUAGAGGAGUUCCUCAAGCCCGGCGGGGCUGGCGAGGAACUGCAGAAGCGUCUGAUUGCACGCCGCGAAGACCCAAACGUCAAGAACUGGAUCUACGACUGGUGGAACCAUGCGGCAUACUUGGGCUACCGUGAUCCUGUAGUCCCAUACGUCUCUUAUUUCUAUUCGCACCGCGAUGACCGGAAGCGUCGAGACCCGGCCAAGAGGGCUGCAGCCAUGACUACUGCUGUCCUUGAAUUCAAGAGGCAAGUCGACACUAAAGAGCUCGAGCCGGAGUACAUGAAAAAGCUCCCGAUCGCUAUGUCAAGCUACGAGUACAUGUUCAAUUGCUGCCGGAUACCAGCGAAGCCAGCUGAUUACCCAGUCAAGUAUGAUUAUAAGGAGCACCCAUACAUCGUCGUCAUUCGCAAGAAUCAGUUCUUCAAGGUUUACCACGAGGUCAAUGGUAAACAGCUGAACACGUCCGAACUUGAGCAAAUGUUUCGCAAGGUCUACCAGAAGGCUGAGAAGAGCCCUCCUGUUGGUAUUUUCACUUCGCAACAGCGAGACUCAUGGACGAAUGCUCGGGAACACCUUCUAGCUGCUUCUCCGUCGAAUAAGGAGGUUUUGGAAGCCAUUCAGGCCAGCUCAUUCAUUGUUUGCUUGGACGAUGCCUCGCCUGUUACUCUCGAGGAGCGAGCGCAUCAGUAUUGGCACGGUGACGGUGCCAAUCGCUGGUUCGACAAGCCUUUGCAGUUCAUCAUCAAUGACAACGGAACAUCUGGCUUUAUGGGCGAGCACAGCAUGAUGGACGGCACACCAACUCAUCGCCUGAAUGACUACGCCAAUCAGGUCAUUUUCACCAAUGCCCUUGACUUCGACAAUCCCGAAGUUCGUUCCAACUUGCCAGAGCCACAAGUGCUUCGCUUCAAGCUUAACAAGCAAGUCGAGGAAGAUCUUCUCGCGGCCCAGCGCCAUUUCGAUCGACAGAUUGGUCAACAUGAACUCAAGGUCCAGGCAUUCCAAGGCUACGGCAAGGGUUUGAUCAAGAAGUUCAAGUGCAGCCCCGAUGCAUAUGUCCAAAUGAUUAUCCAACUUGCCUACCAUAAGAUGUAUGGCAAGAACCGACCAACUUAUGAGUCUGCCGCCACUCGCCGCUUCCAGCAAGGUCGAACGGAAACCACUCGUACUGUCAGCGAUGAGAGCGUCGCUUUCUGCAAUGCUAUGGCCGAUCCAAAUGUUUCGUCGGAGGAAUGCGAGAAGCUUUUCCGCGCGGCUCUCGACGCCCAUGUCAAGUACAUUAGCGACGCUAGUGACGGACGUGGUGUUGACCGACACCUUUUCGGCUUGAAGAUGUGCCUCAAGCCAGGCGAGCCGGUUCCAAGCAUUUUCACUGACCCAGCAUUCACGUAUUCCAGCUCUUGGUACAUCUCGUCCUCCCAGCUGUCGUCCGAGUACUUCAAUGGCUACGGAUGGUCGCAAGUUAUUGACGACGGAUGGGGAAUCGCAUACAUGAUCAACGAGAACAGCAUACAAUUCAACGUCGUUAGCAAGGGUCUUGGUUCGGAACGCAUGUCCUUCUACCUCAACGAGGCCGCCUGCGAUAUUCGAGACAUGCUCCUACCAAGCCUGAAGGAGCCACCCAAAGCCAAGCUUUAGUGUCUCUCUAGGCAAUCGAGGUUCUCGACAAUCAACUAUCCAACCUUCACACUGUACAAAAUCUUUCUUAAGCAUCAUUGGGACCUUGUUAUGUGCGAGAAGCUUUGAAAGUCCAUCUAGACCAGAUCUUAUACUUGAGCCAGUUAAGCAUCGUCCAAGGUCAAAACGCGAGAAAAAAUCGAUUUCUGCGUGUCAUCUACUCUUCGAGAUAUAAAUCAAGAAUUGAUUGAUAAAUUCAAGUGUCUAUCGCGUGAAGUGUUGUGCCCUUUCUGCAAUUGAUUCCUGGAGAUGGAAAUUCCUUUUUUUUUUUUCGUUCGGGUUUAGUUUUACAUUUCGAAUUCAUGACGGUCGGACAAAGAAUAUUUCGGCUCGUUUUAUAUGUGUCACUCAAUGCGUCGCAAUCUAGUGUACAUUUGGAGGUCUCCAACGCAUUGUCAAGCUAGUGACAGAAUCAAAAACCAACAUGCAACAGUGUACUACCUGCGGCGGCAUGAAAGUU